AUUAGUAACGGGUAUAUUUUGCUUGAAUCGGUGCAAAAGUAUUAAAAUAAGAAUCAAAAGCCCCCAUAGUUACUUUUAGUACCACCUGAAAAUCAACAAUGCUGCCAACUAACCUCGUAUCUACGUGUAUUUUCAUUGUUCAAUUUGCAAAAACUCUUUCAAGUCAGAUGGCAGGUGUUAAACCAAAGGUCUUAGUUUUCGAUUUGGAUUACACACUUUGGCCUUUUUGGGUUGAUACUCAUGUUACCCCCCCUUUCCGAAAAACGUCACAAGGAGUGAUUAUUGAUUCACUUGGCUAUAACGUCAAUCAAUAUCCUGAGCCCUCAGAAGUUCUAAGUGACUUGCAUAAGCAAGGUUAUAUUUUAGCAGUGGCGUCUCGUACUGGAGAAGUUCAAGGGGCCCAACAGCUUAUUGAAUUACUUGGUUGGAAAAAGUACUUCUCGUACCAACAAAUUUACCCAGGCGGUAAAACUAAGCAUUUAACAAACAUAAAAAAAGCCUUGGGGGUGGAGUUCAAAGAUAUGAUAUUCUUUGACGACGAAGGGAGAAACAUUAGAGACGUUUCAGAACUGGGAGUACUUUCCAUACUUGUGAAAAAUGGAGUAACAAAGAAAGUGGUCAAUGAUGCAAUACAACAAUUCUCUGCACAAAGGUCAUAAAUUUUAUAAAGUUUAAGCAGAGAUGGUUAUUUGAGUAACAAACACAGGCACAGGCAAGGUAACGGCGGAAGCAGCCAAUUGCGUCAGAACAAAGCCAAAGAACAUAUUUUUCCAGUAUUUGUUUUCUAUCAGAUGUUAACUUAUUUUGUUUUAUUUUUGUAAAUGUGUGGCGUCUUUAAUUAUUCCUUGUAAAUUAAGUUCUUCAGAUUGUUGAACUCUUUGUUUGUGUAAAUUUCGUCAUUGGAACUUACCUAAAAAAAAUCAUGAACUUAUGUUGCAUAGUAUGUUAGAUCUAACCUUUAACGCUAAUACUUCCAGUACGGGGCUUAAUUUGUUAUCUAAUAAUAAUGAAUAGUAAAUGA